GGAUCCUCCAUCUACUGACUUGCCAAAGCCUCUUACUCCCCUGUGUUAAGGGCUGGAUGUUCACUGUUCGAUCCCUCAUCCCUCCAUCCUCUACAUGUGCUGCUGCAGCUGUCAGGAUAGAAAGGAAAGGAAAACAAUUGCAUUUAGUUAAGUGAUGGUACAUCCUUCAUUACGAAUUUACGAGGGAGCAUGGGAUCUUACAAUGUCCACUUGAAGAUCCUUGAUUGAUCUAUUCAGGGUUGGAGAUGGCUACAAUACUCAAGUGUCAUACUACUAGGAUUCUUGAAGCUAGGCCUAAUCCCUUCUAUCCUUUACUUGAAUAGGACCUUGGUGAUCAGAUCAAGAUACGCGACCCUCUUUAUUUUGAUGAUGAACAAGGAUAACCUUAACCCUUUUCUUCGUGUGGACAAGUACUAUACCCAUGAGACCUCUGUGCAAGAUGUUAUCUCUAAGCCACAGGGCAAACUAAUACCAUCUAUAGAUAAUAUUCAUUGAAUUCCUAUUAAAGGGUCUGAUGAAAUGUGGGACUGUUUGACUAACUCUGGUUGAAUAUGUACCAGGGCUAUCAAUGCGACAGGCCAAUUCAGAAAAUAUGAAAUCAGUGAUCAACUUUGAAAGCCAAGUGUGCAAGCAGGAGAUUGUGCCCGCAGGUCUAGGCCCUGGAAAUAUCAUGAGGAUAGAGAAGCUGGAGUUGAUCUCAAAUGAUCUGCCCAGACAAGAUGAUUCAAAUGCUAUUGAGCUGAACUUAAUCCACAGUCAAUACAUUUCACCACUUCUACUACGUAGGGUGGAAUAAAAUCUAGGACGAUGGAAUUCAAUGACCGGAUUGAUUGGGAUUGGUAGCCUUGGGUUGAAGCUGAAUUUGCUCAUCCUACUGCAACAAUCACUCCAGAAGUGUGGAGAGACCUAAGGUCGACAAUUUGUCACUACCUUCUGCUCACUCUAUGUUUCUUUCGUUCUGCUUUCUGGCCGUAUCCAACGCUUCUCAGCACGUCUCGUGAGGUACGCAGAAUAUUUUUUAUUUCAUCUAUAUUUAGGGAUGUGUCGUAUUCUUUUCAUCACUUAAUUGGUCGCCGGAUGGAGAACUGGCCAGUUGAAUUGCAGAACCCAGGGCAGUAUUGCCCUCAGUUUACUAUACAGACCCGGCGAUCUACACGCCUAUACUAUAGUUUAAACAGCGGACUUUUGCGCUUAGGUUCAUACACCUAUGGCGCCCAUUUUAACCCGAAAUUGGAUUGCUGAGUUCACCUUGUAGGCUGAAAUGCGUUGCUCUGCAUGUUUGGGAAAAUACAAAAGUACACCUGGGUCUAAUUGUAUUAUGAACGGGAGCUCUCCAUGCAAUGGUCAUUCAAACUAGCAAUACAUUU